UCUGACUUGGUGGGGUUGGGCGGAAAGGGUGUCGUCACUUCCGGGGAAGAUGGCGCUGUCCACGCCGCUCUUGGCAGUUCGAGGCUCGGAAGGAAUCUAUAUGCUCAAUGGCCCUCCCAAGUAUACAGAAAAUGCCUCUUUCACAAGAGAGGACAAGAAAAAUUGCAAAGGCUUUAUUUUCAGCAGAGAUGGUUCAUUGUUCACCUGGUGCAAUGGGGAAAAUGUAAAUAUUGUGGGUACCAUGGACGGUCGGUUAUUACACUCUUUUGAUCUGCCUAAAGUGGCUUUGCUGGCAUUCUCUCCUCAAAACAGCAUCUUGGCAACUUGGCAACCUUAUAUUACAACCAAAAAUAAUACACAGGGAGAUCCAAACCUACACAUUUGGAAUCUGAAGUCUGGACAAUGCCUCAAGUCCUUUUUCCAAAAGAAAAUGCAAGGCUGGUGCCCUUGCUGGUCAGAUGAUGAAACUAUUUGUGCAAGAAAUGUAAACAAUGAAGUACAGUUUUUUGAUGGAAAUGCAUUUGAUAAAAUUGCACACAAACUCCACUUGCAGAAAGUAUCAGAUUUUGCAUUGUCACCAGGACCUCAGCCCUGCAAGGUUGCUGUGUAUGUGCCUGGAUCGAAGGGUGCGCCGUCAUUUGUUCGAUUGUACCAGUAUCCAAAUUUUGAUGGCCCGUCCUCUGCCUUGGCAAAUAAAAGUUUUUUUAAAGCUGACAAAGUGACAAUGCUUUGGAAUAAGAAAGGAACUGCGCUGUUGGUGAUUGCCAGUACCGAUGUGGACAAGUCAGGAGCAUCCUACUAUGGUGAACAAACCCUGCACUACAUAGCAUCCAACGGAGAAACUGCAUUAGUGCAGCUGCCAAAAAAUGGCCCAAUCUAUGAUGUGGUCUGGAAUCCAAAUUCUCUUGAAUUCUGUGUCGUUUAUGGUUUCAUGCCCGCCAAAGUUACAGUCUUCAAUCAGAAGUGUGACCCAGUCUUCGACUUUGGUACUGGCCCUCGGAAUGCAGCCUUCUAUAGCCCUCAGGGACACAUCCUGGUGCUGGCAGGCUUUGGAAAUCUCCGAGGGCAGAUGGAGGUCUGGGAUGUGAAAAAGUACAAACAGAUUUCAAAGCCACAGGCUCCUGACACUACCUAUUUCUCAUGGUGCCCCGAUGGCGAGCACAUCGUAACAGCAACUUGUGCGCCAAGGUUACGGGUUAGCAACGGAUUUAAGAUCUGGCACUACAGCGGUGUAGUUCAUCACAAGAUUGAAGUGCCAUCGAACUCUGAGCUCUGGGAAGUCCAGUGGCAGCCAUUUGUAGAUGGUGCGUUCCCUGAAAAGGCCAUCAAAUAUCAAACAGUUCCCAAUGAUGUUCCUAGUAUUGAUGCCAAACCCGCACAGGCUUACAGACCUCCUGCACUGAGAAACAAGCCAGUAACCAGCAUCAAACUGCAUGAGGAAGAACCUCCUCAGAACAUGAAACCGCAAACUGCAGAUAAACAACUGUCAAAAGCAGCUCUCAAAAAUCAGAAGAAAAGGGAAGCACGGAAGGCAGCAAAGCAGGAGAGCAGACCUGAGGUCAUACAAGAAGCACCGCCUGACCCUGAACCUAGAGAGGUCCCCUCUGCUGAGAGCCAUGGCGACCCUGAAAUAGAGAAAAAAAUCAAGAACAUCAAAAAGAAACUUAAAGCGAUUGAACAGCUAAAAGAACAAGAAGCUUCUGGCAAGCAACUGGAAAAGAACCAGUUGGAGAAAAUGCAAAAAGAAGAAGCACUUUUGAAGGAACUGGAGGACCUAGAACUAGGUCUGUAAAUUUACCCAAGAGGAUUGCAAUACCUGGUUUCACAUAACCACAGAAAAUUAUUUCAUUGUGAAAUUUAAAGUGAAAAAAAAUCUAUAUUCUAUGCAAUGUAAGAGAUUUGGACAGUGUUAAAAUGAAGUUAUGUAUUAGGAUAAGAGAAUAAAGAAACACUCUACUGACAAUAAUUUCUACUUCUUUAGAUCCAUUGUUAAAGAUUAACGCUAUCCUGCUUAUUGUGUGAAAGAGCGUGUAUUUCAUCACAGUGCCUUGAAAAAGUAUUCUUCUCCCAACCCUUUGUUCAUAUAAAUGAGUAUUACAACCAGGGAUUUUGAGCAAUUCAACUGAGAAUUUUUAUUUCUGAAUCGCAUGCUCCUUUUUCACAGUAGACCCCAAAUGAAAACAUGUAAAUUGUAAAGCAUAAAAACCUAAAGAUUCACAAACUGAAAUAUUAGCAGUUCAAAAGUAUUCAUCACCCUUUGCUCAGGAUACAUCUGACAUGUAUCAUUUCAAUUUUUGAAAUUUCAGUUUUUUACGCUAUACAAUUUCCCUCUUUUUUGGGGAGGGGUUUCUGCUGUGGGAAAAAAAGAAUGUGAUUCACAAAUAAUUCUCAAUUAAAUUGAUCAAGAUCCCUGGUCAUAAUACUCAUUUACAUGAGAUAACAGUUGGGUGCUGAAUACUUUUUCAAAGAACUGUAGAAGAUUUUACAACAUCAGGAUAUCCCAAUAAAGGAUUCACUGGAUUUUUGAACAUUGGGAGUAGCAGCAGACUAGGCCAUUUGGAAUAGUUCUUGAAUAUUAGGAUUAGCAGCAGAGUAGGCCAUAAGACCAUAAGAUAUAGGAGCAGAAGUGGGCUAUUCAGCCCAUCGAGUCUGUUCCACCAGUCAAUCAUGGGUUGAUCCAAUUCUACCAGUCAUCCCCACACCCCUACCUUCUCACCAUACCCUUUGAUGCCCUGGCUAAUCGGGAACCUAUCUAUCUCUGCCUUAAAUGCACCCAAUGACUUGCCGCUCAUGGCAACAAAUUCCACAGAUUUACCAUCCUCUGACUAAAGUAAUUUCUCUGCAUCUUUGUUCUAAUUGGACGUCCUUCAAUCCUGAAGUUGUGCCCUCUUGUCCUAGACUCCCCUACCAUGGGAAAUAACUUUGCCAUAUCUAAUCUGUUCGGGCCUUUUAACAUUCGGAAUAUUUCUAUGAGAUUCCCCCUCAUUCUCCUGAACUCAAGGGAAUACAGCCCAAGAGCUGCCAGACGUUCCUCAUAUGGUAACCCUUUCAUUCCUGGAAUCAUUCUUGUGAAUCUUCUCUGAACCCUCUCCAAUGUCAGUAUAUACUUUCUAAAAUAAGGAGCCCAAAACUGCACACAAUACUCCAAGUGUGGUCUCAUGAGUGUCUUAUAGAGCAUCAACCUCACAUCCCUGCUCUUAUAUUCUAUUCUUUUAGAAAUGAAUGCCAAUAUUGCAUUCGCCUUCUUCACCACUGACUCAACCUGGAGGUUAACUUUUAGGGUAUCCCGCACAAGGACUCCCAAGACCCUUUGCAUCUCUGCAGUUUGAAUUCUCUCCCCAUCUAAAUAAUAGUCUACCCAUUUAAUUUUUCCAUCAUAGUGCAUGACCAUACAUUUUCCAACAUUGUAUUUCAUUUGCCACUUCUUUACCCAUUACCCUAAACUAUCUAAAUCUCUCUGCAGGCUCUCUGUUUCCUCAACAAUACCCACUCCUCCACCUAUCUUUGUAUCAUCAGCAAAUUUAGCCACAGAUCCAUUAAUCCCAUAGUCCAAAUCAUUGACAUACAUCAUAGAAAACAGCGGUUCUACACCAACCCCUGUGGAACUCCACUGCUAACCAGCAGCCAGCCAGAAAAGGAUCCACUCUCUGUUUUCUGCCAGUCAACCAAUGCUCCACCCACACUAGUAACUCCCCUGUAAUUCCAUGGGCUCUUAGCUUGCUAAGCAGCCUCAUGUGUGGCACCUUGUCAAAGACCUUCUGAAAAAUCAAGUACACCACAUCCAUUGCAUCUCCUUUGUCUACCCUCUUGUAAUUUCCUCAAAAAAUUGCAGUAGGUUAGUCAAGCAGGAUUUUCCUUUCAGGAAACCAUGCUGGCUUUGGCCUAUCUUGUCACGUGCCUCCAGGUACUUCAUAAUCUUAUCCCUAACAGUCAAAUCCAACAACUUCCCAACCACUGAUAUUAGACUAACAGGUCAAGAGUUUCCUUUCUGCUGCUUCCCACCCUUCUUACAUUUGGAGUAGCCAUUGAACAUUAGGAGUAGCAACAGAGUAGGCAAUUUGGCUGCCUUCUGCCAUUCAUCCAGGUCAAGGUUCAUCCUCUACCUCUGUGGAAUUUUUCGAAACUAUCUCCAUAUCCCUUGAUCCCCAUAAAGUUCAAAAAUCUAACAAUUUUUGUUUUGAGUAAAUUCAGUGACUGGGUCUCCCCUCCAGGAUCACAAAUUCAUUGCAACGAAGUUUCUCCUUAACCAAUCUUCAAGCAGGAGAAACAUUCUCCAUAGAUCCAACCUGCGAGAUACUCCUCUCUUUCUGAAGUCAAGGAUUGAUGACCCCAUUCUCUGGAGCAUCAUCAUUGUAGAAACAUGGGAAAAUGCAGAACUUAAUUUAUGCACAAUAAGCCCCACUAUCAAAGGUUCAAAGGUUUAUUUAUUAUCAAGUUAUGUAUGCAACUCUGAGAUUCUUCUUCUCCAGAUAGCCACAAAACAAAGAAAAACCUUGGAAGUCAGUUGAGAGAGAAACAGCAAACCUACCAACACGAUCAUCAACUCCCCAAACCCACCUCCCCCUGAACGAAACACAAGAACAUUGACCCCCAAAUCCUCCCACACACAUACACACACAAAAACAAUGAACAACAGCAAAUACACAAUAUCAAAACCAUAAGACUGAAAAAAUAGUCCAUAGUCCAAAAUCCAUAUGCAGAAAUCUCAGUAACAUUCACCAGCAUUAUUGACCAGCAAGAACCAUUAUUCACCUGCAAGAACUAUCAGCCAGAUAAUCUCUGAGGCCAGUACACUGGGGAAACUUCUUCAAAUCAACUGAGAUCUCUGUUGGCCCCCCUGCAAGAUAAAAUGGCAUCCUGCUUUUGCUUCAAAGAUAAUACUUCAUUGAGCUUUGUGGCCAUGCUGUGUUGACACUGGAAUGUGUGGUGUCACUCACAGGCUGCCCACAGCACAUCUUUAGGAUGUGUUAGUUGUUAACACAUUCCACUGUAUGUUCUGAUAGUAUGUACAUGUGAUAAAUAAAUCUGAAUCUGGGUAUAGGGCUGUGUUGUCAGCCAAGUCUCUGGAGCAGUAUUUGAACUCUGAAGUGGAAUUCCAGCACUGAGUCAAGGCUACGCCUAGACACAAACUUGGGGGAAAAGGUCAGAUUUGAACUUGAUGUAAAAGAAUUUACAAAGAUUGCAAUAUUUAGAUUUGCAAAUGAAUUAUCUGAUUUAGAGCACUUUUAAACAAUAUAUCAUCUCACCAAACUAUUUAGCAAUUAAGCUCGCAUUUUACCAUUUUCUUUUAACUUCCUUUGAUUUCCCAAAAUUAAUUAUUUUGCCUUUCAUGUCAGCAGCCUCUCAACCUCUCGAUGUACAUAGAAGCUGCAAAGAAGGACUCAACAUGAGGAACCUUACUAUCUACCUCCAUUAGUUCAUCUACUAUAUUUCUUCCCCUAAAUCAGUUAAUAAUCUAAUAUUUUGCCCAUCCUCUAACUGAAUAUCUCUUUCACCAUCCGAAUAGAAUCACAUUUAAUAUCACUGAUAUAUGUCAUGAAUUUUUUUUUGAUUUGUGACAACAGUACAGUCCAAUAUGUAAAAAUACAAUAAGAAAUAUGUUUUUAAAAUUAAACUAAUCAAAGAGCAAAUAUAAUGAGAUGAUGUUCAUGAGUCAAUUGCAUUAUCUGUUCAGAAACCUGAUGGCAUAGGGGAAAAAGCUGUUCUUUAGAUGUUGAGUGUGUGUCAUUUGGCUCCAAUACCUCCUCCCUGAUGGUAGCAAUGAGAAGAGGGCAUUUUCUGGGUGAUGGCGGGGUCCUUAAUGAUGCACGCCGCCUUUUUGAGGCAUCACCUUUAGAAAAUCUCAAUCUGGGGAGGCUAGUGUCCAUGAUGGAUCUGGCAGAGUUUGCAACCUUCUAGAACUUUUUCUGUUCCUCCAAACGAGAUGGUGAUAGAUACAACCACUUACAAUACUCUCCAUGGUACAUUUGUAAAAAUUUGCUAGAGUAUUUUAUGAUAUAACAGAUCUCCUCAGAUUCCUAAUGAAAUACUGUAUAGACACUGACAUGAUUGUAAUUGCAUCGAUGUGUUGAGCCCAGGACAGAUUUUAAGAGAUGUUGACACCCAUGAACUUGAAACGGCUCACCCUUUCCACUGCUGACGCCUUGAAGAGGACUGGUGUGUGUUUCCUUGACUUCUACUUCCUGGUCCACAAUCAAUUCCUUGUCUUACGCUGAGAGCAAGGUUGUUAUUGUGACACCACUCAAAUCGGCUGAUCUAUGUGGAUGUCCAUGCAAACCACAUUUCCCCCACAGCUAUUAUAUCUCUCCCAACUUUAAAGAUCUUUAUUGGAUUUUUCAAGCACAAUGCUCAUUUACAAAAGCUGUAUAGAUUGCUUCCAAUUAUUUUUGUCAUCUCAAUAUAUUUGUUAUUGAAGAUUCCAAAAUAUGCUCUUCCAGAGAUGUUAAACUGACUGGCAUGUAAUUAACUGAAUGAACAAUAUUUGAUAAAUGUUUUAGCAAUUUGUGCAAAUAACUAUGUUGCAUUUGUGAUUUUUUUUUCAGCAGGUUUCUGAUAAACUGAAUUUGAGACUUUU